CCCUGUGAUUCAGUGGUGUUGAAGCAGAGAUUCACCUGCGAAAACAGGAGGCUGAUAGUAGCCACAAAACCACCGUCAGACAUUAUUUAAUUAGCCUUUUACGGAGCAAGACGAGGCGCUUUAGGCCGCUGAUUUACCCUGAAGAGCCAAAAUGACGGCGGCUGUGUUUUUCGGCUGCACUUUCAUCGCCUUCGGCCCGGCCAUCGCGCUGUUCCUGUUUACUAUCGCCCGGGAGCCGCUGAGGGUCAUUUUCCUGAUAGCAGGAGCAUUUUUCUGGCUGGUGUCACUGCUCCUAUCCUCCUUGGUUUGGUUCAUCUCGGUUCAGAUCAGUAAUAAGGACAGCGCUGCACAGCAGAAAGGUUUGCUCAUUUUCGGUGUGGUUCUGUCCGUCCUGCUGCAGGAAACCUUCCGCUUCGCCUACUACAAGCUGCUGAAGAAAGCGAACGAAGGCCUCCUCGCUCUCAGUCAGGAGGAAACCAUGCCGAUCUCCAUACGGCAGCUGGCCUUACGGUACAUGUCUGGUCUCGGAUUCGGCUUCAUGAGUGGAGCUUUCUCUGUGGUGAACAUCUUGGCCGACUCUGUGGGACCAGGAACCGUCGGGAUCCACGGAGACUCUCAGCACUACUUUCUGUCUUCAGCUUUCAUGACGAUGGCCAUCAUCCUCCUUCACAUGUUCUGGGGCGUCGUCUUCUUCGACGCCUGUGAGAAGCAGCGCUGGUGGGCCGUAGCUGCUGUCGUCAUCAGCCACCUCCUGGUGUCCUGCCUGACCUUCCAGAACCCCGACUAUGUCGCCAGCCUGAUCCCCACCUACGUCAUCUUGUUCCUGAUGGGCGUCUGGGCCUUUUAUUCCGCCGGCGGCUCCCUGAGGAACCUCAAACUCUGCCUCACCUGCAAAGACAAGGACUUCCUGCUGGCCAACCACCGGUCCAGAUAACAAUGCUCACCUGGCAGGGUGCAGGACUCUUUACCCAAAGAUCAUAGAGUUCACACAAACACACACUGAUCUGCUGUUUCACCUCAGACGUGUCUCACCAUCCUCAGUCUAACAGCAGAAAAGCAGCUUUUAAAGGGACAAAGGUGGGAGAUUAUUUUUGAUUCAUGUCCAGCUCAGAAUAGGCUUCUAUUCUAAAUCACAACAUAUCUUCAGCCGAUCAUGUUCCCGGUAAGGUUUGGCUUCUUUAUUUACUGUAAUGUUUUUAACUUUUCUGACCGACAAAAUCUUUCCAGGUGUUGAAUUAUGAGCAAAACGUAAUGUAUAUAAUUCAGCCUUUUUUGAAUUUCCUCAUGUGUAGAUAGUGAAAGCGUUGUGAUACGCCGGCUUUAGUCAGAACAAGAACUUCGAUUUACAGAAGCUGAGAGGGGACAUCAUAGCUGGUAUUUAUUUAUUUUAGCUUAAUUGUGGUUUCAGUACAUAAAAAUUUUGAUAAUCUCAAAGGAAACAACAUCAGUCCUCCUGUUGUGUCAGUGUGUCCCAGCAGAUUAGCUGAAUCUUGGUUUCCACUCUCAAAAUCAGUACAGAUUCAGAAACAAUCGGAUGAAUAUUAUUUCAUGAUCGUAGGGAGAUUGUGAGCAACAAAAGUCUCAUUAUAAUCAGUGUCUUAUCUUCAUAUAACUACACUCCAUUUAAAAACAGAUGAACUGACAGUUUAUUCUCACUUCUUUGUACACAAACGCACCAAUAAUCCAACCAGGUGGAAGUGUUUUCUCAGUGAUCUUUGAAUGUUCACUUUCUUUGUUGCCUUUUUUUAUGUUUUAGCGCAGGAGUCGACGUGUCCAGUGUGUUAGAAAAUCCACACAUCGAAUGUUUUUUUUCUUUCUUUGCACCUGAUUGACUUUAUUUUGUCGUUUAAUCUUCGUGUACAGUUUGUAUAGGCUUCGAUCUGCCGCGUUUCAGUUCAAGAUGUAAAAAAAAUGUUGUGUUGGGCGUGUAGAUUUCUCGCUUUGUGCUGGCACUUUAUUCCAUGACGAAUUUGGCUCAUUCACGUGUUUUUUUUGUCGAAAGUGUUUGCGAUGGAGGAUGUAGGUUGUGGUGCUGUUGAUCUACACUGCAAUAUAAAGCGGUGCCUUCGUGGUUUAACGUGUUUAUUGAUGUAAAAGAAGUGAACAAAACAGGAAAGAUGUGUGUUAGUUUUAUACGAUACAACCAGCCAAAGCUCCUAAAUCAAUUAGAUGUUUCAUUAGUUUAUGACUACAUUUAAUCAGAAGUUCACCUUAUUACCAACAGGUAUGCUAAGUGGCUACCUGUAAUAAGUCAUGUAAUCUCAUAAAUUUAAACGCCAGCGGGACAACUACCAACACAUUCACAUAAAGGUACAGAUUAUACAAGUGAACGGUUAUUAGUGAACCACAAACUGAAAGAAUAACCCCAAAACAACAAGCUCACGUUCAUCUCAAAACAAAAGGAAAUAUCAAAGCGAUGCAGGUGAACUUCGGCUUUGUAAAGUUCAGCAGCACCACAGACUGUAUCGUCUCACUCGGGUUCCGUUUUUAAUGACUUUGAUCUUCUCUUAGGCUUCCAUCGUCAUCAUUUCAAACUUUAAAUGUGUACAGUACUUUGGUUUAUGGCAAAAGCUAUUAAAAACUAACAACAUUCCCAUCAGAA